AUUGUGACAUAGAUCUUUCUGUAGCAAUUGAUAUUUCAAGGCGCAUGCAGCCAGCAUCCACGGUCCUUCUGAAACAGAAACUGCAAGCAUUCCUCCCCAAGCUUUUACUCCAGAUGAAAUCGCUGCCAAAUACCAGCUGUAAUGCUGGCUCUCCAGUCAACAUUAGAUUCAAGUUCCAAGUAUUGGCACAGACCAAACAACUCAUCUUUGACUCUGAUUUUGAAGAAUAUAACGAGGAGACCAUCCAGAAGUUUUCAGAUGCACAGACCAGUGUAGACACGUUCCUCAAUGCAGACUACUUACAGGCACUUGAGGAGAAGUUCUUCAGUGUGACCUCUGCUAAAGUGAAGAUUUUGUUAGUAUUUUCAGAUGGGCUGGAUGAUUCACUGGAAGAUCUCCAAAAAGCAGCUGACUCCCUUCGCUUUAAAGGUCUUGAUGCAUUUCUAUUAGUUGGCCUGGAUAAUACACAGAACUUGACUGAACUUCGAGAAAUAGAGUUUGGCAGAGGUUUUGAAUACAACAAACCUCUAAGCAUUGGGUUUGCAGAGAUUGCAAACAUCUUACAGAGAAACCUUGAUACUGUUGCAGAACGGAAAUGCUGUAAGGUUGUUUGUAAAUGCCUUGGAGAAAAUGGUGAUCGUGGUGGCCAGGGAAGUCCUGGAAGGAAGGGAAGUAUGGGUUACAGAGGAUCUCCUGGCCAUCCUGGUGAGGAAGGUGGGAUUGGGGAGAGAGGCCCAGUUGGUUUCAAUGGGACUCAAGGAGACAGAGGAUGUCCAGGUGCCAGAGGCCAUAAGGGCGCCAGAGGCUAUAGAGGAAGUCAGGGUGAAUAUGGUGAGAGUGGAUUUGAUGGCACUGAUGGAGAGCAGGGCAGAAAAGGCCCCAGAGGAGAACCAGGUGAACGAGGAGAAUCUGGUCUAAGAGGAGAUCAUGGAGAUCCUGGGACUAGCAAUAAUGUUCCUGGUCCUAAGGGUGAAAAGGGAAACUCAGCAUGGCAGGGAGACCCAGGACCACAUGGACUCCAAGGGGAGCAGGGUGAUGCUGGUCCCAAUGGCACAGCAGGUCGAAGAGGCCCUCCAGGUAUAAAGGGUGAGGAAGGAGAUCUGGGGGAAGCAGGUUACCCAGGAGACUCUGGUUUUCCAGGCCCACAGGGCCCAAGAGGACUACAGGGGAUCAGAGGACCUCCAGGACCACAAGGCAUGCCAGGCCCUCUGGCUACUCUGGGGGCCCCAGGUUCACCUGGCUCUGUUGGGAAGUUAGGUGCAAGAGGAGCAAAGGGUGAACCUGGUGACCCUGGAGAGAAGGGCCCAGUGGGACCAGCUGGACAGAGAGGCAUGCCUGGCAUGGAUGGCAGAGAUGCCUACGGUCCUGAAGGAAGCAAAGGAGCCAAGGGAGAAUCUGGAUUCAUAGGAUAUCCUGGUCCAGAGGGUAAUGCUGGCACACCAGGUUCCGUGGGAGAUCAAGGGGACCAAGGACCAUCAGGACCUAUGGGUGCCAAGGGACCAAUGGGCACCAUUGUAAUGGAACCUUGUGAACUUGUGAAUUUUACACGAAAAAACUGCCCUUGCUCAUCAGGUAGGUCCACAUGUCCAGUUUACCCAACUGAAGUUGUGUUUGCCUUCGAUAUGUCUGAAGAUGUCAGCCCAGCUGCAUUUGAAAGAAUGAGAAACAUUGUUAUGUUAUUGCUGAAGAACAUUAAGAUCAGUGAAAGCAAUUGCCCAACAGGUGCUCGUGUCUCCGUUGUUUCUUUCAACACCAAUACACGCUAUCUCAUCCGAUUCUCAGAAUUCCAAAAAAGCAACUUGCUGCUACGAGCAGUCCAGACAAUACCACUAGAGAGAUCCACUGGAAAACGUAAUAUUGGGGCAGCCAUGAGAUUUGUUGCAAGAAAUGUCUUCAAACGUGUUCGUCAGGGCAUCCUCACAAGAAAAGUUGCCCUGUUUUUUGCCAAUGGUCCAUCGCAGGAUGACGUUGCCAUCAGCACAGCUGUACUUGAGUUGAGUGCCUUGGAUAUCACUCCAGUGGUUAUUGCCUUCAGUGAAGUGCCAAAUGUCAGACAUGCCUUCGCAGUAAGUAGAUAG